AUGCCCACAGACGCCUGCUCCGGCCGCAACCUCACCUGGCAGUACUUGCACCACCACCAUCUCCCGGCCCUGUACGCGUCCUGUCCGCACGCAGCCGCCAUCGUCGCCUCGCACGGCUGCAAGAACGGGACAUGCCGGCCGAGCAGCUACGACAUGGAGUUCGAACGCUACACGUGGUACGACUGGGACGGGCUAGGCGAUCCGACGGGCGGCGUUGGGAUCGUGAAGGGUAACAAGCUGGACAUCCCGGCGGGCAGGUGGGGGUGGCACCGUCGGCCGUGGGGGAGGGAUGAUGUGAGAGAUGGGUGGAAGCAGGGGGGUGCGGUGGCGGUCGUGGGUAAAAGGGGGCUAUUGGGGUUGGUCGGGUUGGUGCCAGUGACGGUUGGCGUUGGAGUCGGAGUUGGGGAUGGGGGGGAUGGGGUCGCUGGGACAGGUGUAUCGACGAGCGGUGCGAGUGCCUGCCUAUGCCUUCUUCUUCUGGCGUGUCUCGUGCUGCUGUGUGCGCACUUCUCUCAACGUGUUGCCAGACGCUCUAGGAAGAAGGUGCAGGAUUUCGCGGGUCAGGGUGACGGGUCUGUGAUGGAGCGUGGAGAUGUCGAGAGUACGGAGAAGAAGGUUGAGGCUGGACGAGAGAAGGAAGAGAGCUGA